AUGGGCAAACAGAAGAAGAAAGGCCAAGCCGGCCAGGCGAAGAACUACAUUACACGAACACAGGCGGUACGAAAAUUGCAGAUCUCUCUGCCAGAUUUUCGCCGGCUUUGCAUUUUCAAAGGCAUCUACCCACGAGAACCACGAAACAUCAAAAAGGCGAACAAAUCUGCCACACACUCGACCACCUUCUACUACACUAAGGAUAUUCAAUACCUGCUGCAUGAGCCGCUGCUAGGCAAGUUUCGAGAGCAAAAGACACUCGACAAGAAGAUCGCCCGGUCGCUCGGUCGCAACGAGGUGCAGGAUGCGGUGCGCUUGGAAAAGCAGGCCACGCCCAAGAUCAAACUGGACCAUAUCGUGAAAGAAAGGUAUCCUACCUUUGUUGAUGCCAUAAGAGAUCUAGAUGAUGCGCUCUCGCUACUAUUCUUGUUCGCCAACUUGCCCUCCACCACGACCGUACCGCCGAAAGUCAUUUCGCGGUGUCAGCGCCUGUGCCAUGAGUUUGAGCAUUAUUUGAUCGCCACCAAUUCUCUAAGAAAAUCCUUUUUGUCGAUAAAGGGCAUUUACUAUCAGGCGACUAUUCAGGGUCAGGAUAUCAUGUGGUUGGUGCCUUAUAAGUUCGUGCAGAGAGUGACUCAAGACGUGGACUAUCGAAUCAUGGGCACUUUCGUCGAGUUUUAUUGCACUCUACUCGGUUUCGUUAACUUCAGGCUCUACACCUCAAUUGGUCUUGUGUAUCCUCCGAGAUAUGAUGCUGCUAGCGAUGAAAGGGGCGCCGAACUGGCUGCAUUCACUCUUGAAGGUCGUGGUGUCACUGCCCUACAAGAGCCUGAGCAGGAUCAGAAAACUUUGACCAACGGACAUGCACAGAAUGGUAACUCGGAAGCUCUACAGGCGCAGAUUGAUAAAAUUGCCGAGGAUGACGUAACAGAGGACGACGACAAGCAAAGUGCAGACGUUGAGGAGUCCAAAGACGACGGUGCCAUUGACGAGUUCAAGGUCGCAGCUCCAGAAGGAGAUAUUCUGCCACAACCAGACCUUACCAGCGACCAGGCUGCAUUAUUAUUCUCCAACUUGACUUUCUUCAUAUCCAGAGAAGCGCCCAGACAUCCCAUCGAGUUUCUGUUGCGUGCAUUUGGCUGCAAAAGGCUCGCCUGGGAUGCAGUGCUUGGUGAUGGAGCUUUUACUAAUGACGAGACUGAUCCAAGGAUCACUCAUCAGAUUGUUGACAGACCGAUUCCAGCACAGCCCUUGCCCACCGUGCAGGGCGACGAGAGCCUUCAGGUAGUCAAGCCUGGACACAUCAUGCCCGGGAGAACAUAUGUUCAGCCCCAAUGGGUUUGGGAUUGUAUCAAUGAAGGAAAACUACUUCGGACAGAUCUUUAUGCUCCAGGUGCGACAUUGCCUCCACAUUUGAGUCCAUGGGUGAGACCUAUUGGGGGUCAAUACGAUCCUAGAGCCACCCUUGAAGAGCAACAGCCCCAAGGUGAAGCCGACGAAGAUGUGGAUGAGGAAGAUGAAGAGGAUGCUGCGGUGGACAAAGCUGAAGAAGAAGGCGAGGAUCAAUCUGAGGCGGACGACGUGGAUGCCGGUGAUAUGGAUGUUGCCUCCGGAGAUGAUGGAUCAUCCGAAGAAGAAGACGAGGAGCAAGAAGACGCCUUUGGGGGAUUUGAAGAUGGUCUGGAUGCCGAUGCAUUUGACGACCUUGAUGAAGAGUCACAGCACCAAAAGGAAUUAGAAGCUGAGGCGCUUGGACGCCCAAUAAGCUCAGCUAACCAAGAGAAUCCGAUCGCUGCACGAAAAGCAAAGGCCAAAAAGGAGCGAGAGACCAAGCAAACCAAAAAGGAAGAAGAGGUCGAACGCCAAAAGAUGAUGAUGAGCAAUAAAAAGAGGAAGCUGUACGAGAAAAUGCAAUUUGGCAACAACAAGAGAGAUGUCGAGGCCGAGAAGCUCCGGUCAAAACGAAGAAAGUUAGAAAAGACAGGCAAGGGUGGACGGUAG